GUUUAAUUAAAAAUGGAUUCGUUUAUUCAAAUAGUGUUUUUGAUUUUCAUUUGUGCUCUGUUUGAAUCUGAAGCAACAUGUCCGAAUAUUAUAUCAAGAGAGGAAUGGGGAGCAAUCAGACCUACAGAAAAGCAUCUAUUUCUAGUCCGUCCUGUUCCGUUCGUAGUUAUACAUCAUUCCGAUACGCUCGGUUGUAAUACCACUCAACAAUGCAAGGAGCGUAUAAAAAAACUUCAAUUACAAAAUAUGUCAAUUUUGGGUUCACAUUUACACGAUAUCAGAUAUCAUUUCAUGAUAGGUGGUGAUGGAAAUAUAUACCAAGGAAGAGGUUGGGAUAAUAAAGGAGCUCAUGUCAAAACAUACAACUCAAGAAGCAUUGGUAUAAGUGUUAUGGGACAUUAUGAGAAUGAGCCCCCAUCAGCUGCGCAAAUGGAGGCAUUAGAAAAUCUACUUAAAUGCGGUGUGCAAACAAAGAAAAUUGCUCCGGAUUAUCGGCUGAUUGCCCACAGGCAAGCUAAUUCGCAAAGGAAUUGUCCCGGCGAGGCUUUGUUCGAAUUGAUCAAGAAGAUGCAUCACUGGGAUCCCACUUUAAAGUGAU